AUGAUGUUAAAAUCCGGGAUUGUUUGUGUGUUACUGGUGCUUGUUUCAUUCGUUCUUGCCAACCCCAUUAAAGUGACCCCUCCACCAGAGGAACUGGUUAGUAUUUUUAAUCUGGAGGAGCCGUGCGUGCAUCAAGGUGGACUUUGCUUGCUUGUGGAUGACUGCGAGUCUAGCAACUUAGUCCACUUACCUCCUAGGCUGUUAUGUCCAAAGCAAGCACACCUUGGAGUAGUUUGUUGCUACCGUUAA